UAUCUUGAUUCCAAUCCACAUCAAGCUCCAAAGAUAUAGGCCUUUUAUAAGAAAGCCCCGUAAAGACUGCGGCCCAAAAAUUUCUGGUUUUGGUAGGCAACCAGCAAAAGAUACCGUCCCCGGUGGCCUAAACUCUCUCUCUCAUCUCGUGCUGCUCUGUCAAUCUCCAUCACCUUCCCCUUCCAGAAGGUAGAGAGAGAAAAUCCCAUCACCCGGAGAGAGAGAGAAGCACCGAUUAUCAGUUACAAAAUCAGGAGUUUAGAGCUUAUCAAAAAUAAAAGAAUCAGGAGUUCAGAGAGAGAAAUUUCCCUAAUCGACCUCGACUGACUGGCGCUGAAUAUACAUCGAUAUAUAUAUUUAUAUGUGUCUAUAUACAGUCGAGAGAGAGAGAGAGAGAGAGAGAGAGAGAGAGAGAGAAAACAUAUAGUGGAGUCGACCAUGAGUGAGAAUUCAGAUCUGAUCAGAUCGAUGGAAUCGGCGCUGGGAGUGUCGUUGAGUUCCGAGACGGCGGUUGUGGCCGUGACGACGUCGUUUGCGGUUUUAAUCGGAUUGUUGUUCUUUAUAUGGAAGAGAUCGUCCGAUCGGAGUAAAGAGGUGAGGCCAAUUGUGGUUGCGACGCCGUUUAAGGUUGAGGACGAGGACGACGAGCUGGAGGUGGGGUCGGGGAAGGUUAGGGUGACCGUGUUUUAUGGGACUCAGACUGGGACCGCCGAGGGUUUUGCCAAGUCUUUAGCAGAAGAGAUCAAGGCUAGAUAUGAGAAGGCAAUCGUGAAAGUUGUUGACUUGGAUGAUUAUGCUGCUGAUGAUGAUCAAUAUGAACAAAAACUGAAGAAAGAGACUUUGGCAUUUUUCAUGCUGGCAACUUAUGGAGAUGGAGAGCCAACUGAUAAUGCUGCAAGAUUUUAUAAAUGGUUUACUGAGGGAAAUGAAAAGGGAGCCUGGCUUCAACGCCUUACAUAUGGCGUCUUUAGUCUUGGUAACCGUCAAUAUGAACAUUUCAACAAGAUUGGAAAGGUGGUAGAUGAACAGCUCAGCGAACAAGGUGCCAAGCGUCUCAUUCCAGUUGGUCUUGGGGAUGAUGAUCAGUGCAUUGAGGAUGAUUUUGCUACUUGGCGAGAAAACCUGUGGCCUGAGUUAGAUCUUGUACUUAGAGACGAGGAUGAUACAAGUGUGUCUACCCCAUAUACAGCUGCCAUUCCUGAAUAUCGGGUUGAGGUUCAUGAUGCUACUACUACUUCUUGUGAGGAGAAGUAUUUGAAUAUGGCAAACGGGAAUGCUUCAUUUGAUAUUCAUCAUCCAUGCAGAGUAAGUGUUGCUGUUCGGAGAGAACUUCACAAACCUGAAUCUGAUCGUUCUUGCAUCCAUCUGGAGUUUGAUAUACAAGGCACUGGUAUUACAUAUGAAACUGGAGACCAUGUCGGUGUUUAUGCUGACAAUAGUGAUGAAACUGUCGAAGAAGCAGCGAAGUUGUUGAAUCAGCCUUUAGAUUUGCUAUUUUCUAUUCAUGCUGACAAAUCUCUUGGAGGCUCAGUACCGCCUCCUUUCCCUGGCCCUUGUUCCCUUCGCACUGCACUGGCACGUUAUGCAGAUCUACUGACUCCUCCUCGGAAGGCUGCUUUAAAUGCAUUGGCUGCUCAUGCAGCUGAUCCUAGUGAAGGGGAAAGACUUAAAUUCCUGUCAUCACCUCAGGGGAAGGAUGACUACUCGCAGUGGGUUGUUGCCAGUCAAAGAAGCCUUCUGGAAGUAAUGGCCGAGUUUCCAUCAGCAAAACCUCCCCUUGGUGUAUUUUUUGCUGCAACUGCUCCUCGCUUACAGCCACGUUACUAUUCUAUCUCGUCCUCUCCUAGAUUUGCUCCAAAUAGAGUUCAUGUGACGUGUGCAUUAGUUUAUGGUCCAAGUCCCACAGGCCGAAUCCACAAAGGUGUGUGUUCAACCUGGAUGAAGAAUGCAGUUCCUCAAGAGGAAAGCCAUGAAUGUAGCUCAGCUCCUAUUUUUAUCAGGACAUCCAAUUUUAAGCUUCCAGCAGACUCUUCAAUUCCUAUAGUCAUGGUGGGCCCUGGUACUGGCUUGGCACCUUUCAGGGGAUUUCUACAGGAAAGGUUGGCCCUGAAAGAGGAUGGAGUUCAACUUGGUCCUGCACUAAUGUUCUUUGGAUGUAGGAACCGCAGAAUGGAUUUCAUUUAUGAGGACGAGCUCAACAAUUUUGUAUGUGAAGGUGUUGUAUCUGAGCUGGUCGUUGCAUUUUCACGAGAGGGGCCACAGAAGGAGUAUGUUCAACAUAAGAUCAAGGAAAAAGCAGCACAAGUUUGGAGUUUGAUCUCCCAGGGUGGAUAUCUUUAUGUCUGUGGUGAUGCGAAAGGCAUGGCAAGAGAUGUCCAUCGGAUGUUGCAUACCAUUGUCGAAGAGCAGGAAAAUGUGGACUCCACAAAGGCAGAGGCUAUUGUGAAGAAACUCCAGAUGGAUGGGCGGUAUCUUCGGGAUGUAUGGUGAUCACUUCAAAGAUGUCCCUCCCCAGUGUGUUGCCAAAUCCUUGGUAUGAAUUGAGGUGGAUUCGUUUUUCUAUUCUAUCUCAACCUCAGUUGAAAUGUUCCUCUCGGCCAUCUGGAACCCAAAAAUCAUUUCCUAGAAUUAAAAACCAUAAUCUGGCUUCGCUGGAAAUUUAAAUUUUGAUCUGCUAGAUUUUGCCUUUGACAAAACAGAUCAUUAAGUUCUGUUUUUGUGACUUAGUUUGUUAAAGUUUCCAUUGAAAACACUAUAGCAGUUAGUCGGAAGACUGUCAAAACACAAAACACAUGAAUUGGUGUAUGCUUUUUGUUGUUUAAAAUUUAAAUUAUUUGUACUAGUUAUAUUAGUGAAGGGGAGGUAGAAUAAAGCUGUUGUUCUUCA